GGCCAGCGGCCGGGACCUCGUGGAGCUCAGGUUGCCUCACCUGUGGUAUCAGCCGUCGUGACAUGGGGCUCACCAAGCAGUACCUGCGCUACGUGGCUAGUGCAGUCUUUGGCCUGAUUGGCAGCCAGAAAGGGAACAUCGUCUUUGUGACACUUCGUGGCGAGAAAGGCCGUUACGUGGCAGCGCCAGCCUGUGAACAUGUUUUCAUCUGGGACUUACGGAAAGGAGAGAAGAUCCUCAUCCUUCAAGGUCUUAAACAAGAAGUCACCUGCCUGUGCCCUUCUCCAGAUGGGUUGCACUUAGCCGUAGGCUAUGAGGACGGGUGUAUCCGAAUCUUUAGUCUUCUGAGUGGGGAAGGACAUGUGACCUUCAAUGGCCACAAAGCAGCCAUCACUACUUUGAAGUAUGAUCAUCUGGGAGGAAGACUGGCUUCUGGCUCCAAGGAUACCGAUGUUAUUGUAUGGGAUGUGAUCAAUGAGAGUGGCCUCUACCGAUUGAAGGGGCACAAGGAUGCCAUCACACAGGCCCUGUUUCUGCGAGAAAAGAAUCUGCUAGUUACUAGUGGAAAAGACACGAUGGUGAAGUGGUGGGACCUGGAUACCCAGCACUGUUUCAAAACAAUGACUGGCCACCGAGCUGAGGUUUGGGGGCUCGUCCUGGUGUCAGAAGAAAAGCGACUCAUCACGGGGGCUUCAGACAGUGAGCUGAGGGCCUGGGAUGUUGACUACCUGAAAGAGAUUGAAGACCUGGAAGAACCAGAGCACAAAAAAGUCAGAGGGUCUCCUGGCGCACAGGCCGCACCUGCAGCAGAAGACGGUGCUCCUGAGAUGGACGAGACACCUGAGGAUCGCAUCCUUUCAUGCAGAAAAGCUGGCUCCAUAAUUCGGGAAGGAAGGGACAGGGUUGUGAACCUUGCAGUUGACAAGACAGGCAGGAUUCUUGCUUGCCACGGAACUGAUUCUGUGUUAGAAGUGUUUUGUAUUCUUUCCAAAGAGGAAGUUCAAAAGAAAAUGGAUAAGAAAAUGAAGAAAGCUAGGAAGAAAGCGAGGUUAAACUCUUGCAAAGGAGAAGAGGAGGACCUUGAAAUCAAUGUUGAAAUGACUCUGCAAGAUGAAAUCCAGAGAGUAGCUAACAUCAAAACUUCUGCCAAAAUCAAAUCCUUUGACUUGAUCUACUCACCUCAAGGAGAGUUAAAGGCUGUCUUCCUGCUCCAAAACAACCUGGUGGAAUUGUAUUCACUCAGCGCAUGCUUGCCUGCUCCCCAGCCGGUCAGGACUGGCAGGAUCACCCUCGGGGGCCAUCGCAGUGACGUGCGGACCUUGUCCUUCAGCUCAGACAAUAUUGCUGUUCUUUCAGCCGCAGCUGAUGCCAUUAAGAUAUGGAACAGGUCUACACUGCAGUGUAUUCGGACAAUGAGUUGUGAAUAUGCGCUGUGCUCGUUCUUUGUACCUGGUGACAGGCAGGUGAUCAUAGGAACAAAGACAGGGAAAUUACAGCUCUACGACUUGGCCUCGGGGAAUUUGCUGGAGACCAUUGAAGCGCACGAUGGAGCCUUGUGGUCCAUGUCUCUCUCUCCAGAUCAGCGUGGCUUUGUGACAGGCGGUGCAGAUAAAUCUGUCAAGUUCUGGGACUUUGAAUUGGUAAAAGAUGAAAAUAGUACCCAAAAGAGACUUUCUGUGAAGCAAACUCGAACCUUACAACUAGAUGAGGAUGUCCUGUGUGUCAGUUACUCUCCCAAUCAAAAGCUGUUGGCUGUGUCUUUGUUGGACUGUACUGUGAAAAUUUUCUACAUUGACACCUUGAAGUUUUUUCUCUCACUGUAUGGACACAAACUGCCUGUUAUAUGCAUGGACAUCUCUUAUGAUGGAACCCUAAUAGCAACCGGCUCUGCUGACAGAAAUGUGAAGAUCUGGGGUUUGGACUUUGGAGACUGCCAUAAGUCUCUCUUCGCGCAUGAUGACAGUGUGAUGUACCUACGGUUCGUACCGAAGUCACACCUCUUCUUCACUGCCGGCAAAGAUCGUAAGAUUAAGCAGUGGGAUGCAGACAAAUUUGAACACAUACAGACUCUGGAGGGGCACCACCAGGAAGUGUGGUGUCUGGCUGUGAGCCCCAGUGGGGACUAUGUGGUGUCCUCAUCUCAUGACAAAUCUCUACGACUCUGGGAGAGAACAAGGGAGCCGCUUAUUCUUGAGGAAGAAAGGGAGAUGCAAAGGGAAGCAGAGUAUGAGGAAAGUGUGGCCAAAGAAGACCAACCAGCUGUUCCAGGGGAAACUCAAGGUGACAAUUACUUUACUGGAAAGAAAACUAUUGAAACAGUCAAAGCGGCGGAGAGGAUCAUGGAGGCCAUUGAGCUUUACCGGGAAGAAACUGCAAAAAUGCAAGAACAUAAAGCCAUUUGUAAAGCCGCAGGGAAAGAGGUUCCUCUUCCCAUCAACCCCAUCCUGAUGGCUUACGGCAAUAUUUCACCUUCAUCUUAUGUGUUAGAGAUCUUUAAAGGGAUCAAAUCAAGUGAGCUGGAAGAGUCUCUGCUCGUGUUGCCUUUCUCUUACGUUCCAGAUGUGCUGAAACUCUUCACUGAGUUCAUGCAGCUGGGAUGUGACGUGGAACUGAUAUGCAGAUGCCUCUUCUUUCUCCUCAGGAUUCAUUUUGGACAGAUCACUAGCAACCAAAUGCUUAAUGAAAAUGAUGCUUAA